AUGUUGAAGGUUCUUAAAACUGCAUUUUCGUCAAAGAAAGUUCGUUUGCCAAACAAACCAUUAGACGAGGCAAGUCUUCCCUAUCCACUUGCCUCGGACGUGUUUGUGGAGGAAUACAACUUUUUUAUCGAAAACAAAGAGAUAAGUGGAUACAAAUUUGAAUAUAACAACGGCACUGUAUAUAUAGUUGAUAUGUGCUCAAACGAACAUGAAGCUAUUGUUGCGUUGAUGUACAGGUUCUUCAGUGCUCACUGCCCUAUCAGUUCUACUGCUCCAAUACAAAUACGUGGUCGGCCACGUAACUGGAGACGGUACUCGCAUUUCUCUGUCUAUCCACAUAAAACUUAUGUUCCGAAUCCUCCAGUUCCACACCCUGGUCCGCCACCUAGCGAUAGAGAGGGAAACCCUUACGCAAGGAUAAUUUGUGAAGUAGCCGUGACCCAAACUUCCUCCAACUUGAAGCACAAAUGCAAGCUUUGGAUGCGACAAUCGUACAUACGAUCUGUACUCGGCAUUAAACUUUAUGAUAUAAUGAAUACACGCAACAACCCACAAGGAGAAAGAGAUCGGGCGAUGAAG